AUGGUUCUACAUUAUAAAAUAAUAAUUAUAGCUACUUUGCCUUUCACUAGCACUAUUAUAGGAGCCAUAAUUUGUUAAAUAAUAAAUUAUAAAUUUUAUAAUGAGUAGGUUGAUACUAUUAUUAGUUACAUGAAUUAGAAAGAGCAGGAAUUUUGUGAUAUUUAGAUGAAUGCUAAUAAUCUGCAAAUUAGCAUCUAAAUCUAAUAGGUAAUAUAAAGUAUUUAGCUUUUACGCAAUUUUAGUUAAAAGAUAAAUAUGUAAUAUGCUAGACAAAUAGACAAAAAAAAUUUAGAAUUAUUUUGCUAUAUUUAAAAUAAUACUUCUUUUUAGGAAUGCUUUCAUUAAAGCUAUUCUUUGCAUAAUUGCUGGUAAUUAUUCUGCUUUAUUUUUAAUAAAAAAAUAAUCUCUCUUUUUAAUUUAAAUAACUCAAUAUUUAAAUUUUUUUUUACAAAUAGGUUUGAUUCUUCUUUUAACAAUUUAUAUUAGCUAAGUUAAAAAUAGCAAUAAUGGCUAAUAAACAUGUUUUCUCUUAGUUUUUUAGUUAAAUCAAUUUUCAUAUAAAAUUAAUUUAACUCACAAAACUUAAACUACUCAAACAUAUUUUUUAACUUUGGAGGACAAAGCAUAUACUCCAUUUGCAAUAGUUAAACAUACUCAAGUAUUUUUACUGAAAACAAUAUUCAAUAAAAAACGAUUUAAGAUAGUAUUUGGUUUCGCAAUAUGUUAAAUGAAACUAAAUUAAAUGUUAUUUUAAACAAUUAAUAUUUUGAUGAGCAAUUUAGCUAAUCCUAAGAUAUUUACUUCUGCUUAAAUAUAUUUAAUUUUCCACAAAUAAUUGAUUUGAAUGAAAGUUAAAAUUUAUUAUGCCUUUACAUUAAUAAAGAAAAUAGAAGUUCCUAUUUCAACAGAUUUAAUUAACCUAACCGUUAGUUGUACAUUUUUACAAAUAAAUAAAAAGAAGUAAUUUACUCGCCUUCUUAAAACUAAAGUGAUUUUGAUGAUAAUACUAAAUUUUAAGAUAAUAUAGAUAGUGUAUUGGACUAAGUUAGUAAUUAUCAAAGCAUUAAAUAAAAUUAAUCUUUUAUAUAAGAAAUAAAUUCAAAAUUUGUAAUUAUAAAGCCGAUUUUGGUUGAAUUAAACAGUGGAUAAGAUCUUAAUAUCCAAACGAGUAAUAUUUUAUAUUAAGUUGUUAUGCUUAAUUAAUCAUAAUCGUAGGAAAAUUAUUUAAUUGCAAUAUAGAAAAUAAGGCAAUUUAUUUUGAUUUUUGAUUUAAUUCUAUCAAUUACAAGCUUAAUCUCCUUAUUAUUUCUCAUUUAUAAAAUGAGGUUGAUAAGAUCUGAUAUAAUACAAUAGAUUGAUAUGUUAAUUUAAAUAUUGUAAUAAGCAAAUAAAGAAAACUAUGAAAUACUGGAUUUUAUUUAAAAAAUUUAAAAAGAAACAAUUCUUUUUAAAGAAGCUGAAGAUCUAAAUUAAAGUAUCAUUCAAAUUAUUGCUACAAUAUUAAAUACUUCGGAUAAUUUUUUUAAAGACGAAGAAGCUUAAGUUUUUUUAAGAUUAGCCUCGUAAAUAGAAUAUUUUUAGAAAUUUAAAAAUAAUUUUGCAGUUGGUACUAUUUAUAACAAUGUUGGAAGUAUUUUUUUAAAAAGAGGAUAUUAUUUCGAAGCUCUAUAAAUGUUUUCCAAAUCAAUUUUAUAUAUUAAAUAUUAAAUUUAAGACUUCUGCUCAGAGAAUUGCUAGACACUUGACUGUAGUUUACUUGAAUAGUAUUGUAUUAAUUAAGAUAUAUUUUUAGAUAAUAAGCCAGAAAUAACUGAAAGUGAUAAUCUAGAUUCUAAAAGCAGAAAUACAAAUGAUGAAAUAGUCAAAUUACUUUUUGCUUUAUUUUAUAGAAAGAGAAACUUUUUGUUUGCAUUACAAUCAUUUUAAGAAAAUUGUGAUUAAAAUAAUUUGCAAUUAAAAAAUUAGUAAGAAAAUUAAUAAUAUAUUUUUUGGACUCUACCAUAUGGAUAGCUUCAAGAGAUAAAACUAUAGUCCAAUCUAUCAAAAUGCUAUUUUAAGUUAGGAAAAGAAUAAAAAUCUUAAUAUUAUCUAACCCUAUCAGAUAGUUUACUAAAGUAGCUGAAGAAACUUUAAAAUUAAUAAAAAACUGAUUCUAAUUGCAUAGCAACUGAGUUGAUUGACAAUUAUAACGAUCAACAAAUAAACACAGAAUAAAGUAAAUAAAAUGAAGAGAAUUAAAUAUCAAUAAAAAAUUUAAAUAUUACAUCCAGAAAAAAAUCCUUAAAUUAAAACUUAUAAAUUGCUUUUAAUAGCGAUAUUAUGUUUAAAAAAUUAAGCUCUGUAUUUGAUAAUAAUUUUUUGAAGGCUCAUAAAAGAAAAAUAUCAAAUUUUAAAUAUCAAAAAAGUAGAAAUAGUUCUACUUUUAAAAAAAUGAAUAGUUUUUCUCCAAAUAUGAGAAAGUCACCUCAUUAAAAAUUUGAAUAGGUUAAUAUGACAGAUUUUGAUUCAGAUAAUUGCUUUAAUAAAACAAAAAAAAGUAAAUUGUCAAAAAAAUAAGACAAUUUAGAUUAUUUGACUGAAAAUUAAUAACAGAUUGCUCUUCAAAAUAUACCGAAUUAAUAAUAAAUAUUAUCACUUGAGAAACAAAUUGACUCAUUCAAUAGAUUGAAGCGAUAAAGUUAGUAUUUUGUUUUUUAGCGUGAACAUUUAGAUAAUAAUAUAGAAAGCCAUUUUGAAAAGAAAAGAAAUAUUGAUUAAAGCUUGGAGGAAAAGUAUUGUUUUUGCUUGCAAUUAGGAGGAGUCGUCUAUUUUUAAGUCAAUCUAAUUAGCAAAAGUUUCAAUACUAUUUUUGGCAUCCUUUAUGACGAUUAUUCAUCAAAUUAAUCUAGUAAUUUAGAUGAGGAAGAAAUACAAGAGUAUUCGUUUUAAUAUGAAACUAAUCAUUAAUUAUAUAGCUAAAAAUUUAAAUGUUACUCAGAUAAAUUUGAAAAUAAAUUACAAAAUUAAUAUUAAUAAUAAAUUUUAUAAACUUCAAAUGGCAAUUUAACUGAAACUGAUCCUUCCAAGAAAGAAGAUUUUUAGUUAUCAGCAGUAAAGAAAUAAUUUUCUAGAGUUAUUACCUGA